AUGGCGAAGUCGAGAUCAAAACCCACGUACAGGGAGCUCAUCCCACGCGGCCUCGAGGAGGAGAUGGCUGUCCCACUUGCGAUCUGCCGCUCCCGGGAGGAGACAUGUGCCCGACGGCGCUCGGACUCCUUCCGCCAGGAAUCCAUUGCGUCUGACCAGGGUUUGGUCCUAGCUUGUCCAUGUCUUCGCGAGGUGGAGGCGGCCGGCGCGGCGGCCACGGCCGCGGCGACCAGUCGUCCGGAGCGCACGAAGGUGGCCGCGGUCGGGGCGGUGGCGGCCGAGGGAGGGGCCGAGGGGAGGAGGCCGGGGGCGAGCGCGGCCGCGGAGGACACGGCCACGCGCCGCGCGGUCGCUCCGGAGAGCAGGAGCCACAUGGAGGACGCGGCGGGGACGGCCGAGGGAGGGGCCGAGGCGGUGAGCGCGGUGGCCAUCGGGACGACGCGGCGAGAGGCCGAGCAAGUGGCGGCCCCGACGGCGGCGGUGGAGGUGCUGGGUGCCGAGGUCGAGCGGAAGAUGGUGCUCUCUAAGGCCGCAGGCGAGCGGCCGUCGUCGUCGUCCUCCGCUCCGGUGACGGCGAAGGAGCAGCGGAGGGUCGUCAUGGAGCCUCCGGUGCCGGCGGCGCCGGCCAAUCUGCCGCCGGUGUCGACCAAGGCGGAGAAGUUCCCGGCGCGGCCGGGGUUCGGGACCAUCGGGCGGAGGUGCCGCGUCCGCGCCAACCAUUUCCUCGUGCAGGUCGCCGACAAGGAGAUCUACCAUUACGAUGUGACAAUUGAUCCGGAAACGAGGUCUCGCGGUUGGAACAGAUCAAUAAUCAACGAACUCAUAAAAUUGUACAAGGAACACUUGGACGGUAGGCUGCCUGUUUAUGAUGGAAGGAAGAGCCUGUAUACCGCUGGUGCACUGCCGUUCAAGAACAAAGUGUUUGUCGUCAAACUUGCUAAUGCCGCCAAAGGGAAUAAACGCGAGGAGGAAUACAAGGUGACCGUAAAGCUUGCUUCAAAUCUGGAUAUGUACAGCCUCCGGCAGUUUUUGGCUGGUAGAAGCAGGGAGCUUCCACAGGACACUAUCCAAGCUCUCGACAUCGCCCUAAGGGAGUGCCCCACAACAAAGUAUGUAUCGAUCUUUAGAUCGUUCUUCUAUCAGUCAUUUGGACAUGGUGGCGCAAUUGGCAACGGUGUUGAAUGCUGGAGGGGUUAUUACCAAAGCCUUCGCCCCACACAGAUGGGUUUGUCACUAAAUAUUGGUACGGCUGUGCCUAAAUGUGUUCUUUUGAAGAAAGCCCUUAGAGGUGUCCGGGUUGAGGCCACUCAUCGGACGGAUAAAACCAUACGCUACAAGAUCACUAGCGUAUCCUCAGCUCCAUUGAAGGAAUUAAUGUUUGAUCAAGAUGGUGUGCGCGUAUCAGUAGUCCAGCACUUUAAGAAGCAAUACAAUUACACUUUGAAAUAUACCAAUUGGCCAUGCCUUCAGGCUGGCAGUGACAGCAGACCGAUCUAUUUGCCUAUGGAGGUUUGCAGCAUUGUUGGAGGACAAAGGUAUUCUCGGAAGUUGAAUGAACGCCAAGUUUCAAGCAUACGAAAGAUGGCAUGUGAAAGACCAGCUCAAUGGGAGAGCAGUGUUCUAGAGAUUGUUAAUAGGAAUAAUUAUGGUAAUGAUGAAUAUUCCAAAGAAUUUGGCAUGAAAGUCAUGAACCAACUUGCAUUGGUCGAUGCUCGUGUACUACCUGCCCCAAGGCUUAAAUAUCAUGAAUCUGGACGGGAAAAAGUAUGUAAUCCUUCAGUAGGACAAUGGAACAUGAUAAACAAGAGAAUGGUGAAUGGAGGAUCUAUCAACCAUUGGGCAUGUCUAACUUUCGCGUCUCGACUUCAUCCAAACGACAUCGGCAUGUUUUGCCGUGAUCUGGCUCACAUGUGCAAUAGCAUUGGCAUGGAAAUGAACAUGGAACCAUGCGUGAAUAUCACACAAGCGCGCCGUCAGGACACAGUGGAGUCUGCAAUCAGAAAUAUCCAUAGGCAUUCUGCAGAAGUGCUCACUAAGCAAGGUCUAGAAGGGAAGCAACUUGAAUUAUUGAUCAUCAUAUUACCUGAUAUUAGUGGUUCCUAUGGAAAGAUAAAACGGCUCUGUGAAACCGAGCUUGGAGUAAUAACUCAGUGCUGCUUACCCAAGAAUGUUCAGAAGGGUGGGAAACAAUACCUUGAAAAUCUUUCUCUGAAGAUCAAUGUUAAGGUCGGAGGUCGGAAUACAGUACUUGAAGAUGCUUUGUACAAGAGGAUACCCCUUCUGACAGAUGUGCCUACGAUAGUUUUCGGAGCUGAUGUUACCCACCCAGCUGCUGGAGAAGAUGCAUCUCCAUCUAUUGCAGCAGUUGUUGCAUCUAUGGAUUGGCCAGAAGUAACAAAAUACAAAUGCUUGGUCUCUUCACAAGGCCCUAGGGAAGAAAUAAUUGCCGACCUUUACACGGAAACAAUGGAUCCACAAAGGGGACGUGUUGGUGGUGGCAUGAUAAGGGAGUUGCUUCUCUCUUUCUACAGAGCAACUGGAUGCAAACCUCACAGGAUCAUAUUUUAUAUAGAUGGUGUUAGUGAGGGUCAGUUCAGCCAAGUGUUGCUUUAUGAAAUGGAUGCGAUUCGCAAGGCUUGUGCCACUUUACAGGCGGGUUACCUCCCACCAGUCUCAUUUGUUGUUGUGCAAAAGCGGCAUCACACUCGCCUAUUUCCUGAAAAUCAUCGUGCGCGGGAUCUGACGGAUAGAAGUGGGAAUAUCCUACCUGGUACUGUUGUCGACACAAAGAUCUGCCAUCCUACAGAGUUUGAUUUUUACCUCUGCAGCCAUGCUGGUAUUCGGGGAACAAGCCGCCCGACACACUAUCACGUUCUUCUCGACGAAAACCGUUUCAGUGCUGAUGCCCUGCAAACCUUGACCUACAAUCUCUGCUACACCUACGCCCGGUGCACGCGAUCGGUCUCUAUAGUUCCUCCGGCGUACUACGCGCACCUGGCGGCCUUCCGUGCGCGCUACUACAUGCAGGACGAGUUCUCCGACGGGGGCUCGUCGUCGGCCACGGCCAGGUUGGCGCCUACGAGGCAGCUCCCCAAGAUCAGGGACAGUGUCAAGGAGUUCAUGUUCUACUGCUGA